AUGGCGGAAACCAGAAGAAAGCCAGUUUUCACCAAAGUUGAUCAGCUUCGCCCUGGAACGAAUGGGCACAAUCUGGUGGUGAAGGUUGUGAGCUCAAAGAUGGUGUUGCGGAAGGGAAGGCCCGAUGGGCCUCAAUCUCACCAGGUGCGAAUAGCUGAGUGUCUCGUGGGAGAUGAAACAGGGACGAUUUUGUUUACAGCUAGGAAUGAGCAAGUGGAGAUGAUGAAACCCGAUACUAGUGUAAUUCUUCGAAAUGCCAAAAUCGACAUGUACAAAGGAUCCAUGAGGCUGGCUGUGGACAAAUGGGGUCGUGUAGAAGUGACUGAGCCCGCUAGCUUCACCGUCAAAGAAGAUAACAAUCUCUCUCUAUCAAUGUUGUUGAGGAGUGAAAGUGGUCACAUUUCCUCUUUGUUUAUGUGGAGCAAAAGAUUUGAUGGAAAAAUAAAAGGAAAAACAAAAAGAUGGCCUAAAAUGAAAUGGUUUAGGAAGAUUGCAAGUGGUAAUUUCUCUUUUAGGAGCUGGUUAGUUUCACAGCAUGAAUUCAGGUUUAAGCAGCAGCAGCUUGAGAGCAAGAAGCUUGAUUAUGAGUUUGGUGGUAAAAGCAUCCAGGAUCAUAUUGUUGUGGGUAUAAAUAGUGCUGGGUCGAACUAUUCACAUUUAUUG